AUGAUGCCACUUAGCGAUGAAGACUCAAGAAGACUGUUCUUUAAUAGGAUAUAUAACUCUGAAGAAGCUUGCCCUCGCCAGUUUCGGGAUAUUUCUAAUGAAAUUCUCAAAAAAUGUGAUGGUAUGCCACUUGCUAUUAUUACUAUAUCAGGCAUGCUAAGUAGUGAACGCUUCGACCAAGAGCAUUGGGAACAUAUACGGGAUUCUCUAGGUUCAGGAACAAAUUUCACGUUGGAAGGGAUGAGGAAAAUCUUAGACCUCAGCUACAAGAACCUUCCUUAUCUUGGUAUGUAUCCCGAGGACCUCAAAAUACAGAGGCAUCAUUUGGAACUUCAAUGGGUUGCCGGAGAUUUUAUUAGUAAAGAGAAGGGACAAGAUGUAGAGAAGGUUGCAAGAAGUUAUUUCAACGAGCUUGUCAACAGGAGCCUUAUUCAACCUGUAAGAUUUGACAACUGUGGAUCGGUCACACAUUGCAAAGUUCACGAUAUGAUGCGCGAUCUUAUCUUGUCUAAGUGUGCCGACGAGAAUUUUCUCACCAUAGUGGAUGACCCUCAAGCCAUCACAGAACUGGAUAACAAUGUCCGUCGACUGUCUCUCCACCCGGAUGAAGAAAUUAUUGAAACAAAGUUAUGGGGUAACAUUUGUCUGUCACAAGUUCGGACUUUUAUGAUCUUUGGUGAUUGUGAGGGUAUGCCUCCUCUGCGACUGUUCAACUUCCUUCGAGUUCUGCGUAUUGAAAAUUCUGGAUUGGAUGGAGUUGACCUCACACUAGUGCAGAACAGGCCUUUAUCACCGGUUCGUAAGGGCCUUUAGUGCCGGUUCUGCAACCGGCACUAUGGAGGGGAGACUAAAGCCCCCCCUUUAGUACCGGUUCGGCACGAACCGGCGCUAAAGUGCCACCACGUAGCACGAGCCAGGCCCGGGUGCUGGUAGACCAUUAGUACCGGUUGGUAACACCAACCGGUACUAAAU